UUUGUGCCAUAUUCUCCCUCGUGUGACCACUUGACUAUAUUUCUCGUUUAAUUCAAUGAUAAUAAGACUGGACUUGACUAAAUAUUAGUUUGAUUUUCAAAAAAAGCCAAGCCGGAUUAUUCAUUACACAAAUAGAAGUAAUAAUAGUAUAUACGCCUCACCCAACCAGACAACUCCAAAGCCACGGUCUACGGACCCACAACAUUUACCGUCUCAACGACACACUGCCCACCGGAUCGCCGACCACCCGCCAUUGCUCGCUCGCCAUGGUCUUUCUUCUAUUUUUCUGGGUAAUCGAUGUUUAUGUUGCGGCGGUGAAAUUUUGAGUUAAAGCGGACGCUGCAGCAUGCCAGAAAGUUGGAUUUAUGCAUUUGAAUUUCUUAUUAGGUUUUCGGAAAUGUUUUCGCUUAUUUUAAUUUGAGUUUGAAUUGGAGGGGAUCCUAAUUUGUGUGAUAGUUUCUGGUAAUGGAGAAUGAGGUUGAAAAUGGAAGCUCAGUUAAUGAUAUUUUUGAUUUUUUGCAAAAGAAUGGAUUUUCUCGUGCUGAGGCUGCUUUGCGCAGUGAGUUGAGUAAUCGCCCUGAUAAUAAUGGGUUUCAGAAAUUAACCAUUGAUGGCAACGAGCGUGGUAAGGAGGUUGAAGAACAAAAUGUGGAUAAGAUUCCAGUUAGAAAUCAUGAAUCUAGUUCUUGGAGUAACAGUGAGGUUUCUAAAGAGCUUAUUGUCAAAGAGAUUAAGUGUGGAACCACUAGUAAUGGCGAUAAGAGCAAGCGGAACUCAACUUCAAAGUCCAUCGAUAGAAGCUUCUCUUUCUCGAAAGGUUCUGAUGAUACUGUUAUUGAUUUAUGUUCUUUGAAAUAUAAUCAAACAAAUGGCUCUAGUGAUCAUUCUAAAAGCAACAGUAGUAUGAAUCCUGUGCCUCUUGAUUUACAGAUUAAUUGCCCUUCAAAUUUUCGUGUUUCUGAAUCUAUUAGUAGUAAGGGAAUAGUUGAUUUGCAAUCUCAUAAUGCUGUAAUUUGCCCGGAAAAGAUGUUAUCUAGUGGGUUUUCUAGUUCCGGCAAAGUAAGUGGAGAUGCAAAUUGUGAGACUAACAAACCAAGUAAUAUCAGAGAUGUUGAUAGACGCAAACAAAGUGACAUUUUGAACUCUAAAGGCAGUUUUGCAGAUGAAUCUAGGGCUAGAAAUGAAGAGGAUUCGAAUUCUUUAUCGUGCCAAUGGAAUGAAUGUUCUGUCAAGACUGUUCUGUCGUUAUCUAACAUGGAUGUUCCUAUGACCAGCGAUAGUGCUCUUGUUUCAGGCAACAAGGCAGGAUCAAGGAAAUCAGAUAUGUUUGACAUAAGUGCAGCUGUUAAGGAACAAGUGGAUGAGGUUGGAAGGUCUUUAUAUCCGGCAAAGCUUCAAGGGAUUUGUGACAAAAAGGAUUUUGACUAUCCAAGUUUGCCUCUGUUUAUAGAAACUCAGAAGGAAGAAUACCCUAGGUUACCUCCUGUUAAACUUAAGUCUGAAGACAAGCCAAUGAGUGUCACAUGGGAGGAGAGAUUUGAUGAAGAAGAACCAGGUUUGAAUUUCAGUACUUCCGACAGUGCCUAUUAUUUAGGCUCAUAUUUGGAUGUUCCUGUUGGCCAAGAGAUCAGCUCAUCAGGUGUCAAAAGAAUGACUGGAGGCAAUUGGUUAUCUGUAAGCCGAGGUAUAGCAGAAGAUUCUUCUGAUCUGGUCUCUGGCUUUGCUACUAUUGGUGAUGGAUUAAGCGAAUCUAUUGAUUAUCCUAAUGACUACUGGGACUCUGAUGAGUAUGAUGAUGAUGAUGAUGUGGGAUACAUGAGACAACCUAUUGAGGAUGAGACUUGGUUUUUAGCUCAUGAAGUUGAUUAUCCAAGUGAUAAUGAAAAAGGAACUGGACAUGGGAGUAUUCCUGAUACUCAAGAAAGGGUUUUAACCAAAGUGGAGGAUGAUCAAGUUUUUGCUGAGGAAGAUUUAUAUAUUUCUUGUGAGCAAUAUAUCCAUUCAAAAACUAUGGAGCCUAUUUCUGCAUCUGAUGAUCCUAUUGGGCUGUCUGUUACCGAAGUUUAUGGGAAAGAUGAUGAUAAUGAUAUAGUAGCACAUUAUGAUGGUCAAUUGAUUGACGAGGAAGAACUGAACCUGAUGCGCUCUGAACCUGUAUGGCAAGGAUUUGUGACAAAUUCAGAUGAUCUUAUCAUGUUGGCUGAUGGCAAGGGUAUGAAUGAAGGUGGAAGGCCUGUGCUAGAUGAUGGAUCCAUUGACGAUGACCAGCAUGGUACUGUCAGAUCAAUUGGUGUUGGAAUCAACAGUGAUGCUGCAGAUGUUGGUAGUGAAAGACGUGAUAGUUUGAUUGGUGGAAGUAGUGAAGGGGACUUUGAGUAUUUUUGUGAUCAUGAGAUUGGUUUAGGUGGAUCUAAACAUCUUCAAAAAAGAACAGCCAAGGAUAGGAAGAAAGAGUUCAGACAUGAUACUGAGCAAUGUUCAUUGGAAAUCGAUAAAGAUACAUACUUACAGCUCAGAAAUCAUUCUGAUGUUGGAUUUUCCUUUGUUCCUCCUGUGAGAGGUGAGCCUGCAGGCUCUAGUAAGCCUUUGUGGUCCAGCAACAACAACAGUGUUGGUGAUGAACAUAAUGAUAGUUUAGGAAAUGAUGACAUGCUUGCAUUGUGGAGACAGAGAAGUAGCACUUCUUCACCUAACAGAAGUCCUGGAGAUGAAAAUGAUGCUCCUAUUGUUAGGUCAGCGGAAUCAACUCCUUCUACUCUCUCCGAUUAUGCUGAUGCCGAAAAGGAGCAUGUGAAAAGAGAAGAUGAUGAAAACAUGACAUGUUUGAGAGAAGAUGAUGUUGGAGCAUCUAUGGAGGAUGAAGAAGCAGCUGCUGUACAGGAACAAGUGCGGCAAAUAAAGGCCCAAGAAGAGGAAUUCGAGACUUUCAAUUUGAAAAUAGUGCAUAGAAAGAACAGAACCGGCUUUGAAGAGGACAAAAAUUUUCAUGUAGUAUUAAACUCGGUCAUCGCUGGACGCUAUCAUGUUACUGAGUAUCUUGGAUCAGCUGCGUUCAGUAAAGCUAUUCAAGCACAUGAUCUACAUACUGGCAUGGAUGUUUGUGUUAAGAUUAUCAAGAACAACAAGGACUUCUUUGAUCAGAGUCUUGAUGAGAUAAAGCUUCUCAAGUUUGUAAACAAACAUGAUCCUGCUGACAAGUAUCAUAUUCUUCGGUUGUAUGAUUACUUUUACUACCGCGAACAUUUGUUAAUUGUUUGUGAACUUCUCAAGGCAAACUUGUACGAGUUCCACAAAUUUAACAGAGAAUCCGGUGGAGAGGUUUACUUUACUAUGCCAAGAUUGCAGUCAAUCACAAUUCAAAUUUUGGAGGCACUUCACUUUCUGCACAGCCUUGGGCUUAUACACUGUGAUUUGAAGCCUGAGAAUAUCCUAGUUAAAAGCUACAGCAGAUGUGAAGUGAAAGUAAUUGAUCUCGGAAGCAGUUGCUUUGAAACAGAUCAUUUAUGUUCAUAUGUUCAAUCGAGGUCAUACCGAGCACCAGAGGUUAUUUUGGGCUUGCCAUAUGAUAAAAAGAUAGAUAUCUGGUCUCUUGGAUGCAUCUUGGCAGAGCUCUGUACAGGCAAUGUACUAUUCCAAAACGAUUCACCGGCGACAUUACUUGCUCGAGUCAUUGGAAUCAUUGGCCCGAUUGACCAAGAGAUGCUUGCAAAGGGAAGAGAUACAUACAAGUAUUUUACCAAGAAUCACAUGCUUUAUGAACGGAACCAGGAAACAAGCAGGCUGGAGUAUUUAAUUCCUAAGAAGACGUCCCUAAGGCAUCGGUUACCCAUGGGAGACCAAGGCUUCAUAGAUUUUGUUGCACAUUUACUUGAAGUAAACUCAAGAAAGCGUCCUUCAGCAGCUGAAGCCUUGAAGCACCCAUGGCUGUCAUACCCAUAUGAACCUAUAUCAUCUUAAGAUUAUACAACACCUGGGUCUAACCACAUAUAAAUGCUUGUGGUAAAUCUUGUCUGGGACACAGUCUACCACGAUUCAGCUGUGCUACGGAUCAAGGGGGAUGUACGAUGCCAUAUCUCCCUUGUGCUUGCUCAAUGCCGCUGAUAAUGGUGAUUUUGGUCCGUUUUGUGUUCCCUAAUUAAGCCUGCCUAGUUGUAUUCUAUUUUGACAAAUAUUAGAAGCUUAAUUUGCUACUUAAAAAUUAUGGCUCCUAGUCCUAUUAUUAUGUUCUCAUAUUAUUUUUACUUUUCAUGACCUUACAUGUUUUUUUUUUGAGGGGUUUUCUUUUAGUUUUUUGGGGUUCAACUGUAUGGGAGAGAGGGAGGGGAAGUUUCAAUAUUGGAAUUGGGGUGUUGUAUAUGUGAUAUUCCUUGUAGUUGUAGCUCCAUUAGUUGAUUUCUGGUUGAUUGUAAAGUGUAAUUAGUCAAUGUGCAUUCAGGCUACAUUUGCUCCAAUUCCUGGGUAUGCUUUAUAUGUUUAAGUUAAAUUCAGUAGAGUGGAUAUAAUGUUGGGUAAUUGA